AUGGCCGACACACUUGAAGAUGUUGAGAUGGAAACACAGGAAAUCGAGCAGGAAACUCCACCUGACAAUGUCUUCAUCGCACCAUCAAUCUACAAGCCCGAGGUCCUGGCGGGCAAGUCGUACUCACAUUUCUCGCCUUUACCGCAGCAGAUCACUGACGACACGUCCACCGAGUGCGUUCUUGGUGUUGACGAAGCCGGGAGAGGUCCAGUGCUAGGUCCAAUGGUGUACGCCCUCUUCUAUCUUCCUCUCCCACUACACCACUCGCUCCUCGCCGAAACCCACCAUUUCGACGACUCGAAAGUGCUCACCCCCCAAGUCCGAUCGAACCUCAUGCGCACCCUCUGCACGCCCGGCACUGAUCUUCACGCCGCUGGCGGGUGGGCAACCCGCUCCCUCUCCGCACAGGACAUCUCUGCGCACAUGCUCUCCCCCAACCAAUACAACCUCAACGCGCAGGCCAUGGACGCGACUAUAGAUCUCAUUAAAGGCGUGCUUGCGCGCGGCGUAAACGUCAAGGAGAUCUACAUCGACACAAUCGGCAAGCCGGAAGUGUACCAGAGGAAACUCGAGCGCAUAUGGCCCACCAUCUCAAUCACUGUCGCAAAGAAGGCGGACAGUUUGUACCCUGUCGUUAGCGCUGCGUCGGUUUGCGCCAAAGUCACUCGCGACGCUGCACUUGAUGUGUGCUACGAGUUGUACCACACACCUGCCGAAGCCGCCGCCCAUGCCCAAGAUAAUGGAGGAGUGAAGGUUGCCUGGGGCUCUGGGUAUCCAAGCGAUGCACGAACGAGCACGUGGUUGAAAGCAAACAUGGAUCCUGUAUUCGGUUGGGGGAACGAGUGUCGCUUCUCGUGGGGUACAGCGAAAGAGCUGCUCGAAGGCAAGAAGGCGUGCCUUAGUGUAGACUGGCCGGUCGAGGAGGAUGGAGAUGAUAUGCGCAUGACUGACUUUUUUACGGGCGGGGAGAAGAAGGGGGAUGAGUUAGUGGAGUGGUUUGGAAAGAGGGUUACGUUGGAGAUGGAAGCUUUCUGA